AUGUUUCUAACCUUCGUGAGGCAUACCCCCCCAAAAACUCCAAGAAAUGUGUUUUUCCCGUGGCACAACUUCAGCAUACACAAGUCAGGGAGCUUCCUUGAAAAGAACAGACUAGCACUGAGGGUGCCAAUUAAUUUAACGAAAUUUGAAAUUAGAGAGUACUUAAGGAAAAUAUAUAAUGCCAAGGUUAUAAAAGUGAACACAUUAAUUAAGGUACCAGAGAGAAGAAGAAAUUUAACUGACUAUCGUUUCAAUUAUUAUCGAAAUGGGCCCAGAUAUAAAAAGGCAAUCAUUACAUUAGAGCACGAAGUACCUGAUAGUGUAAAAAUGAUUCAGUCUUGUAAAAAUAUAGGAAGAAAUCCAUAUAUAACAAAAAAAAAUGUCAUUUAUGGUGUUCGAAGUGAUGUGAAAAUCACACCUACACGGUCACAACUGUGGCAUAUGGGCGAAUGCAGAUAUUCUUGGAGGUUACCUCUGACCAAUUUACUGGCUGAUUAUAAAAUGAAUUUAAACCCUGACUUAAGGAUUGACGAAAACCUUGUUCAACUUGCCCCUGAUGUGACCAAACCGUUUAUGCAUUCGGGCAUUUCGUCGGAAACGUUUAAACCGAACAGCGUGGCGGAACAGACCUUUCCUAAGAUCGAUUUAACCCCCUGGAGAAGACAAGUGAAAAAAAUUUACGAGUCGGGUACGUUAGCACCGCCCGAAUCAUUUCCCAAGGAUGCUAAAAGACAUCAAACGAUUGAGUAUGCUGGUGAAAAUAAAAAUUUUAAGAGGUCAUCCAGAAGCAGUCAGUGGAAGGCCCCUUCGUAG